CUACAAUAUGGUUCGUUCUGUCCGGCUUCAUAGUCUUCUCUCAAACUCAUGUCAUGCCUCACCCAAUGGUUCCAACCACCCUUCUAUACUGCCCUUUCCACAAGCCCCGCUUUCCUUGGUAUAAUCGCGUCAAGUCUAUUAUUACCAAACACCCACCUUGCUAUCAAUACGCUGUGGUGUCACAUCGCGUCACGACUCGAGUACUGAUCCCUACCCUCAGAUCCGCCACUUGUCACACUACAUGAUUUGUCCUCCCUUCAGAUUCGGAAAAUCAUCUCUUUUGCAG